AUGGCCGACAUAAGCUCGUUGAUUAAUCCUCCAGACGAGAAGGAGGAGCAGGCGCCCGUGACCACGCCCCAGGAGGAGAAGGUAUCUGAAGACACCAUUCUCGCUUCUUUCGAUAAAAUCAAAACCCAUUUUCCAGCUGCCAGGAUCAAGAAGAUUAUGCAGUCUGACGAAGAGAUUGGCAAGGUUGCUCAGGCGACGCCCAUUGUUGUGGGACGGGCGUUGGAGAUUUUCAUGGCCAAUCUAGUGGAGGCGGCGAUUAAGGAGGCCAAAGCUGCCGGUGUAAGGAGAAUCGCCGCUUCUCAUGUUCGUGCUGCUGUUGAGAACACUGAGCAGUUUGACUUUUUGGUGGAUGCAGUGCUGAAGUACCAGUCCAAGUGA